GGCGGGCACCGGCACCGGCACGGGCCCCGGCGGCUCGGCCCCCCGGCUCCCCCCAGGCAGCGUGGUCUGAGGAGCUCAGUUCACCCAGUCAAUGUGAAAGCAAGACAAAACAAGGUGCAGCAAAUGAAGGGCAGGCGCCAAGGUCCACUGACGAAGAGAGCAAUGUAGAUUUGAGCUAUCACAGCCUCCAUCUCCAUGCAUACAGCAUUGAGAGUAUGACAACAUUUCAGAAUGGCUGCGGAAAUGGCACCACCGUUACUUGUAUAGUUAUGGAUAAUAAAGAGCCCCAAAAUCUGACCACUUCAGUCAGCUGCAAUGGGGGAUACAACACCAGCAAUAGUCAUGAAGAGGAGAUACAGGAUGAUAAACUUAGCCCUUCAAAAAUCAUGCGCUUUUUCUCAACCCCUAGGAAACGGGCUAAUUCCAGCUCUGAGAGGCCUCGUUCUCUGAUUUUGAUGGGCAACUCUUCUACGUGGAAUGCUUUGUCUUCCAUCAGAAAAAUGGGCUCUUUCAAGAAGUUAAGAUCUUCAGUUCUCCAAGGAAUUCAAACUAGGGAAUGUUCAGAUAUCUUAAACGAGAAUAGUGUAGGAAAGCAUGGUUCAAAUGGGGCAGUGGUGAGGGUUCAGACUAACAGGUAUUCCUAUUCAGGACCUUUACAUGACUUCCAGAAUGCAGUGGAUGUUUUAGCUUCUGAUUGCUCCGAUGCUGAGGAAGGUGAUGAUUCUUUUCUGAGGAACACUCAUCGCUCACGCAGCAUCAGGCGGGCUUAUGGUGUUGGACGCAUAAAUUUGCUAGACACUGAUAAAGCUCAGAGUAAUCACAACUGUACUAGGCCAACAUCUCCUGUCAUCUCAGAGCCAAAGAUCUGUGAAAUUUUAGUGAAAGAUUCUGAAAACAACAAGAUCAUCUAUCGAAGAAGCAAAAGUUCAGAUAAUUUAAACUUCCUGAAAAAAAGCUCAUUCAAACGAAAGUCCACCUCAAACCUCACUGACCUCAAGGUUGCAAAUGAAAAACAAAUGCCACAAAGGACAGUAAGUGCUACUUCUGCUGACUUGGACAAAACCAGUGGAAACCCUGAGAGGAGGUCCAAACGUUGGAAGAGCCCUAUCAGGGCAAAGGAUUUUGACCGAGUUUUGAAACUUGUAAGUAAUGUUACAGAUGUGGCAUGGAAGAAGGAUGGCCCUAAAAGCACAGCUACUUCUCCCAGUGACCAAUCCCAGAGAACAAGGCCAAACAGCAGACUGCACGAUGACUAUUCGCGCAGGGUUUCCAGUAGCACAGAUCAUGACAGAAAGAGGUGCACCUCCCCAGCAUCUAGCCCGGAUUCCACCAUGCCUGGAACACCUUCACUGCAAAGCCCCACAGUUCCUCUGGAUAAAGAGUCUGAAAUGAAUGUAGCUAGUGCUGAAGACAAAAGCAUCAGGACAUCAUCAGGUAUCCUAGAUUCUGUUAGCUUAUCACCUACUCCAAAUGACAUUGGCCCAUUUCCUAACGAAGUGUUUUAUACAAACUCGGAUGAACCAAAAACUACUCGCCAGUUUACAUAUGAAGCUGAAAAUCCUCAUGUUCCUGUCAGGCCAACUGCUCCGAAACCUCAAAGUCCCAGUGCAGAGAAGGUCAAGUGCAAUAUGAAUUUCCAGUGCCCAAACCAUCACAGCACGUUAUCCCUGAGCUCAGUGGAAAGCGAGGAGAGAAUGGAGGUACCUGGGCUGAAGCUGGGGAGGAAUCCUGUUUGCUUCCAGGACUCUGUGCAGACUGUGUACUAUGACGAUGGAAAUGAAGACAGUGGCAUAAGCAGUCACUCUCAGCUGAGCCUCAAUUUAGCCUCUGGUACUGAAGAAAAGAAGGAAGAGGUUGUUUCUGAUGACCACUGGAAGAAGUCCCCAAUCCAGGAUGAAGAAAAGAGAGACACACAAAAGGUCACCCCCAGGAGAUGGGGCUCUGGAAAAAGAUCUCGGCCCAGGCCUCUUUCAGACUAUGGCCAAAUGUCAGUCAGAAGUUUCUCUAUACCAGAAGAUGCGGUUGCUGUAGAGUCUCAGAAGACAGACUGCACGGAUGGAGAAGAUCAGCCAGGAUUGGCUUCUGUUGGGUCUGUGGUCCAAAGCAAUACAGUAGGCUACCACAGAGGGCGAAAAAGAAGACCCAUCUCUGUGAUAGGUGGGGUGAAUUUCUAUGGAAGCAGCCCGGCAGAAGAAAUUGAAGGUCUGCUGACACAACCAGCGGCCCGGCCUCCGGUGCCGGCCCACCAGGUCCCCCCGUACAAAGCGGUUUCAGCCAGGUUCCGGCCGCUGACCUUUUCGCAGAGCACGCCCAUCGGCCUCGACCGCGUCGGGCGCCAGCGGCAGAUGAGAACGUCUAAUGCUGCUGCAGAUGGUGGAACUGAGUCUUCAGCUUUGGUGGAUGACAAUGGCAGCGAGGAAGAUUACAGUUACGAAGAACUCUGCCAAACCAGCCCGAGAUACCUGCAGCCUGGAGGAGAACAGCUAGCAAUUAAUGAGCUGAUAAGCGAUGGCAGCAUUGUCUAUGCAGAAGCUCUCUGGGACCAUGUGACUAUGGAUGAUCAAGAACUGGGCUUCAAAGCUGGAGAUGUCAUUAGAGUCCUAGAAGCUUCCAACAAAGACUGGUGGUGGGGAAGAAAUGAAGACAAGGAAGCCUGGUUUCCAGCUAGCUUUGUCAGGCUGCGAGUUAAUCAGGAAGAACUUCCAGAAAACUGUGGGAGUGUCCAGGAUGAAGAGCAAGAUUCUGAUAUUAGCAAGCAUCGUCAGAAGAUGGCAGAAAACAAGGAUCAGAUGAGGACCAAUGUCAUACAGGAAAUUAUGAACACAGAGCGAGUCUAUAUCAAACAUCUCAAGGACAUCUGUGAGGGUUAUAUUCGGCAGUGUCGCAAACAUACAGGAAUGUUCACCGUGGCGCAGUUAAACACCAUUUUUGGGAACAUUGAGGAUAUUUACAAAUUCCAGAGGAAGUUUCUGAAAGAUCUUGAGAAGCAGUACAACAAAGAGGAACCUCAUCUAAGUGAAAUAGGGUCAUGCUUUCUUCAACAUCAAGAAGGUUUUGCUAUUUAUUCAGAGUAUUGUAACAAUCAUCCCAGCGCCUGCAUUGAACUUUCCAAGCUAAUGAAACAGGGCAAAUACCGCCACUUCUUCGAGGCCUGUCGCUUGCUGCAGCAGAUGAUUGACAUUGCCAUUGAUGGUUUUCUUCUCACGCCUGUUCAGAAAAUCUGCAAAUACCCUCUGCAGCUUGCUGAGUUGCUCAAAUACACCACCCAGGAGCACAGUGAUUAUAACAACAUUAAAGCUGCCUAUGAGGCUAUGAAGAAUGUAGCGUGCCUGAUCAAUGAGCGAAAGCGAAGACUGGAGAGCAUAGACAAGAUCGCGCGCUGGCAAGUCUCUAUAGUAGAUUGGGAGGGACCAGAUGUGUUAGCCAGAAGCUCAGAACUGAUCCAUUCAGGAGAACUGACUAAAAUUUCAAAGCAAGGCAAAAGCCAGCAGAGGACUUUCUUCCUUUUUGACCAUCAGCUUGUAUUCUGUAAGAAAGACCUGCUGAGAAGGGACAUCUUGUAUUAUAAGGAUCGUAUGGACAUGGAUCAGAUGGAACUUGUGGACACAGAAGAUGGCAAAGACAAAGACUUUAACAUCAACAUCAAGAAUGCUUUUAAGAUUAUAAACAGAGCAACCGAAGAGAUUCAUUUGUUCUGUGCAAAAAAACAGGAGGAUAAGAAGAGAUGGAUGGAGGCAUGUGAAAAUGAAAGGAGGAGAGUUCAGGAAGAUAAAGAAAUGGGAAUGGAAAUAUCAGAAAAUCAGAAGAAACAAGCCAUGCAGAAUGCCCGAAAGUCAAGGCAUGGAAAAAUUAAAGGUGUAAGCUAUAAUGGGUGUCCUAUGCCUCCUCCACACCAAAGCUUGCAUCCCAUUCAUCAGCGCCACAUCACUGUGCCUACCAGCAUCCCGCAGCAGCAGGUUUUUGCCCUGGCAGAGCCCAAGCGGAAGCCAUCCCUCUUCUGGCACACCUUCAAUAAACUCACCCCGUUCAAGAAGUGAGAGGCCAUGGGCCUUGGAAAGACACCAGCACGGGCGAAGAGUUAUUCCAGAGAAGAACACAGCUAAGCUUAUUUGAGCUCCGUGAAUCCUCAGUUUUGGAGGGAAAAACUUAGGCUCCCUUGAGCCAGAAACACCACCUUUGUCUGGAAGAAGAAUGAAGUUCAUCACCACUGUUUGGAAGCAAUGUCGGCAGUGCCAGUGAGCGUUGCUGGUGAAGAGCAGAGUCCCUUCUGACAAAGACAAAUUGCUGUUGUUCUAAAGCAGCAGUAUUUGAUCUCUGUUUCUUAGUUAUCUUCAAAUAAUGAUGGAACUAUUCAGGUCAUUGUAACAUUUCAUUUUUCUUGAUCUUAUACUGAUGGCCAAAUUUAAGUUAGGGAGGAAUUUUUCCCUAAGUGUGUAUCAGCAGGGAAUCUUAGGGGAAGUUUUCUCCUUCCUUUUGGAGCAUUGAGCAGGGACCACCCGUUAAAAUCAGGCAGAGAGAUCCUAUAUGACUGAUGUGCUGUUGCAGAAUUUGGCAGACCUUAACCCUUCCUGUCUUUUUUUUAUUAAGUUGCCAAAUAGCAGGAAAAAGUCCCGCAAGGCCUUACCAUAUUCCAGAUUGGAACAGGGAAAUUUUGUUCUGUCAUAUAGAAACAUGAACAGAGUGCAAAAUGGACUAUAAAGAUUGUGCAUUUACUGCAUACAAGUUAAAACAAGAGGAGCCACGGCAUCUCUGAUUACUUUCAGUCACAGCAAUAUACCACAGGCAUGUACGCUCUUCAGUAUAGAGCUUUUGUAUGACUUUCUGUGCACUUCUUAGCAUAGGAGAUGCUUCUUUAUACUUCUCAUAUGCUUAUUUCUCAGCGUAAAAAAGUAUUUUUUUAUUUUUUAAUGAAGAUAAUGUGAAUGUACAAAGUUAGAGUUGAGAAAGUAUGAGACUGCUGGCACAUAAUUCUCACACUUUGUACUCCCUAUUCAUACAGCUUCACUUAAAAAAUGGAUGAAUGGUAAUAUAAAUCUCCAUUAAGUUCCUGAAGCAGUCUGAAGCUAUGCUUCUUACGCACAGUCAAUUGACAAUGGGUUUUUACCAGUUUCUUCACAAAGAAAGAGAAAUCCUUACUGGAAUGGACAGAGAAAUUGUGUGGAUCAGAAAUGGAUUUUUGUGUAAGAACUAUGAUGUUGUACUGGAAGGGGAAGGACGUAUCUUGAUGAAGGUCAGCUCUGGCUAGUGUCUGCAAUACCUAAUUUGCCUAUCACAGGAGGUUGAUUCGGGAAAGUAACUUUUAAAAAGCCACCAGGAGGAAACAGGAUCUUGACUUACGCAGCACUGAUCAUUUCUGCUUGAUAAUUCUCAUUAAGGGUGGCAAGACUGUUGUUGAUAUGGAAGGAAAGAAAGAUUCCAUAUGUUUCAGAACCUAUUUGUUAUGAAUGUCUUUCAAAUAUUUUAUCAUAUGCUGCUGGUUAGGGGCAUUAUCUGAUGAUAAAGAUGGAUCCAAGAGUAUUCUUUGAAAAUGGACACAGUCAGCUUUGUCAUGAAUCUGUAACAUAGGAAGAACAAAGAGAGACUAGAAGCCAAGCAUCUUACUGAUAAUGUAAAAAAGCCUUAUUUUAAACAUAUAUUUGUUCCUACUACUGUUGUUACCUCCGUAGUUUUAUUUAUCAUCAGUGUUGUGGAGCCCACUAGUCUGAUGAUUUUGUGAUAUGGUAACUGUGGUAACUUCUGCAAAGCCCAGGUUUAUAGUUUUGGUUUUAAACGACAUCUGACAACUGUACAUUUCAAAUGCCUUGUAUAUAUAGCUCAGCAGUGAUGCAAAGUCUGGUGAUGCUCAAUUGUAUUGUUCACUGCAUAGUGAACUUCUUUUCUUGUGCUUUUCCAUAGUGAUGGAAGAUGACCUGAAACAGUUAAGAACUGGAAAUAUACAUUUACAUUUUCAACAAUCCAGUUUAAAGAAAGUACACAAGAAAGUUAGUGAAAUAGCUGGCUGGGUUGUCUGUUUCUUUUGAUGUUUUAAACAAGCCAUCUCCUUUCAGAAUGUUUUGAAAGAUAAUUCUAAAUGUUCAACUUAAACACAAUGAAUGGACUUACAAAUGAAGGCAUGGAUGCAUGUUCUUCCUCUUAAAUAAGCAACCCGUGUAUAAGUGUUUCUUAUAUACCCAUUUUUCUGGGUACUUGCCAUGGAAGUGAAGAAUUUUUCAUAAUUACAUUUUGAAAGAUUUGUUCUAGAUUUUUAAAAAGAUCUGAAGUUGUAUCGCAAUGCAUACCCAGCAGCUUUCCCAGCUGGUCAGGUUUCUCUGCCAUGUUCAGUGGGCCUGAAGACAUUAUGAAAUCCACACUUACUUACAUACUUGUCUUUGAUAAAACCUUCUCCAUUUCAGGGCUAGGUCCUGUGGGAUUGUUGGAAAAAAUACAGAUUUUGGGAUGUAUCUUCUGACAUGUCAGUGCCCACAAAGGCUCUUCCCAUAUAAUAGUGCUGGUGCCUUAGCCCUAAAAAUGAACAGAAAUGUUUGCAUGUGGUUUGGGAUGUAUCUGGUUUCUUCUGAAGAGAACUUAAUUUCAGAGAGAUGAAAAGCAACUGUUUCAUCGUGCAGAUUACUCAGGAAAGUUUUAUAUAUAAUACCCUCUAUGUAGACAUGGUUCUUUAUAAUAUUCUCAGUGUCUUUAUUUGAAAUCUGAUUUUGCAAUAGGUUAAGAGGAGACCAAUAUGAUAGGCAUUUUAUUGAGUUCUUUAUUUAUUGGUCAAGGAAUGUGCUGGCUAUGCAGGGAAGACUGAUAAAAUAUAACAAGAUAGUACAAAAUACACCAUGAUCUUUUGAACAAAUUGUAGUUAAAUGAAAACACUCAAUUCCAUUAUCCAACAAUUAAAGCAAAUACUUACUGGGAGGUUCAGCCUGAUUUUGGAGUCUGUGGAGAAGACAGUUGCAAAUAAAACAUACAAGUUUGUACUUUAGCAAGUCUUCCCUUGAGCAAAAUUCAAAAGUUCUGAUCCUAUUUCUGAUGACAAAAUUUGCCUAUCAUCCAAAAAGUGUGAAGGCAACAUCUGUUCUUUUCUUCUUUCUUUCAUAAGCUUUAAGUUACUAUCAACUGUUCUAGGGCAACUACUAAGCACAGUUGUGCCUCAUUUAGAUAAAGCACAGCCAGAGCCUUCCUGAUGGCCUGCUGAGCAAAUAACCUCAGACUUUAAGCAUGAGAUGCAGUAAAACAUAAUUGUCCUCAAAUGUGUUCCUACUGGGUUAGGAUAAUGCCAAACCAUAAUUGCAUCUAACUCAGAGCAUUUGAUGUACAAAAUAAUAAGAUUGUUUUACAAGUGGCUUUUGCCAUGCUAAAUUUCACAUUGAGUUUUAGUGGUCAGUGUAAUAAAGGAGUUCAAAGACAGACUACUCAAAUGUUCCACAUUUUAGUUGUCUUUUGAAAAUAAUCAUAACAGAGUUUUGGAGCCAAAGGUCUUUAGCCAUAACUAAUACGAUAUCUUUCUUUGACUGCCUUUCUCCUUUUUUUCUAAAUGUGUGGCAUUUGUAUGUAGGAGAUGCCUCCUGAAUGAGCUCUAAUUUAAAACUAUUUGUUGUAAAUACUAGGGAUGACUUGCAUAUAUGUUUUAUUUUGACUAGUGUUUUGUAACAUAUCUUGCGUAUAUUGCUUUGUGCAUCUUACCAUCUGUGUGCUGUUACACAUGUUGUAAAUCAAGCGUUAUGGCUACAGAGCAGAUGAAUUGGCUGUUGGCAGCUGAUGUACCUGUAUAGAACUGCAGUAACUUGAUGUGUAUUGCAUUACAAGGUUUAUUUACUCUUGGAACACUGUUUGUCAAAUGAGUAUUUUCUGGAAAUAAGUACAAACUUACAUUCCCAUUACUUUUACUGUACGUGCUUUAAUUAAAUAAUGUACAAAGCUGAAGUUCAUCAGCUGUGUUUUAUAAAACUUUAUUGUGCAGUUUUAAAAUUUUUUUAAUGUCCACAAAAUCUCUUCUGUGAAGCAAAAAUAUAUCUAAUAUCAUAUUUAUUUUAUUAUCUUGAAGCAAAAAAGUCACACUUUUUUACUGUUUUUUCAGUAACAGCUACAGAAAUUCUCAGCACUAAUUCAUUUUAACAAACUAUUUAACCUGAUUCUGGGGUUGAACAUUCAGGCAAAAGUCAUCCUUGUUACUGUCCCAGCCAUAGGCAUCUGCCAUCAUUGUGCUUGUCCUCUUCCCAGCAGACAGUUCCUACAGUGUCCCUUGGAAGUAAAUGUACAUGCAGCUUCUUAUAUUAAUAAAAGUAUUGCUAA